AUGACAUUAGGACGAGGGCCUCUAACCAGCAAUAUCGGGGAAGCAGCCGCCUUUCUACGCUCGGCCGAUUAUAACUUUUCUAAAAUCAGCUGGCUCGCCGAUGGAUUACACUUCUGGAUGUGUUACGCCGGACUUGGAGAUAUUUGGGGCACCCUUGGCUUUUAUUCAUCAUGGAGAAGAGAGUCCACCGGAGGCAAGCAACGUGUUUACUAUUAUCCCUAUCAGCCUUCUUCCCCAGAGCAGAGGCGCUAUUACCCUUCGAAGCAAGGACCCAUGGGAACCACAAUCAUCCAGCUAUCAUUGACCCCAAAUACGUAUCCGAUGAGGGCAAUAAUGACCCAAAACAUUCUGCUGACCGGUCCCCGGGUCUGUCUGAGAAUAGUGCGAAGCCCGGCCCUCCAAAAACACCUCGAGCCCGUUCCUGUUAAUGGUGACCUAACUUCGGCUUGGUGGCCCUACUCAAGCAGCAAUAUUGAAUCCAUCUCCGAUGGAGACCUUAUUAGCUUCAUGAAAGAGAAAGCCUUCACGCUUUAUCACCCAGUUGGGACGGUACGCAUGGGCUCAGACCCAAGAACGAGCGCUAUCGACCUAAAAUGUCGAGUCCAUAAUGUGAAAGGCCUUGGCCACCCAACUGCUCCUAUCGGUGCAAUGGCCUACAAGCUUAGCGACAUGAUCAAGUAA